CAGCAGCCGAGCCUUUCUUCCUCCUCUCCAUCCCCUCCCGUCCCUCGGGCUAACGCGAGGCCGAAACCAAUUCCACAUCUCCGCCCUCGCUCACCGAGGACCCUCGCCAAGAACCACUCCUAGAAGCGGGAGAGAGGUAGAGAGAGAAGCGAUAGAAGUUUCUCCUCGCCUCUCUCUCUGUGUGUAUCUCCCUCCCUCCGCCUACCUGCCCGCGAUUCACGUCGCAUUGGUUUGGUUUCCUUGCGAAAGGAGGCAGCUUUUCUGUCUUCCUUGAUCUAGAUGAUGGCGAGCACGACGUCAGCGACCGCCGCCGCCGCGGCAUUCGGGGCCGCGUCCGCCGCCAAGCCGCGGGGGUCGCCGUCGGCCCUCUGCCCGAGGGUGACCGCCGGCGGUAGGAGGCGCUCCGGGGUGGUGCGGUGCGAUGCCGGCGUGGAGGCACAGGCGCAGGCGGUGGCCAAGGCGGCCAGCAUCGCCGCGCUCGAGCAGUUCAAGAUCUCCGCCGACCGGUACAUGAAAGAAAGGAGUAGCAUAGCUGUGAUAGGCCUCAGUGUACACACAGCACCAGUGGAGAUGCGUGAAAAACUUGCGGUUGCAGAGGAACUAUGGCCCCGUGCUAUUCAAGAACUCACAAAUCUUAACCAUAUUGAAGAGGCUGCUGUUCUUAGUACCUGCAAUAGAAUGGAAAUUUAUGUGGUGGCUCUGUCAUGGAACCGUGGUAUCAGAGAAGUAGUAGACUGGAUGUCAAAGAAAAGUGGCAUUCCUGCUUCUGAGCUCAGGGAGCACCUGUUCAUGUUGCGUGACAGUGAUGCCACACGCCAUCUGUUUGAGGUAUCAGCAGGGCUUGACUCUUUGGUUCUCGGUGAAGGACAAAUCCUUGCUCAAGUUAAGCAAGUUGUAAGGAGUGGGCAAAACAGUGGAGGCCUGGGAAAGAACAUUGAUAGGAUGUUCAAGGAUGCAAUCACAGCUGGGAAGCGUGUCCGAUGUGAGACCAACAUAUCAUCUGGUGCGGUUUCUGUCAGUUCAGCUGCUGUUGAAUUGGCCCUGAUGAAGCUUCCAAAGACUGAAGCCCUGUCAGGUAGAAUGCUGCUGAUUGGUGCUGGUAAGAUGGGCAAAUUAGUGAUCAAGCAUCUCAUUGCCAAAGGAUGCAAGAAGGUUGUUGUGGUGAACCGCUCGGUGGAAAGGGUGGAUGCCAUUCGCGAGGAGAUGAAAGAUAUCGAGAUUGUGUACAGGCCUCUAUCAGAGAUGUAUGAAGCUGCUGCUGAAGCUGAUGUUGUGUUCACGAGCACUGCAUCUGAAACCCCAUUGUUCACAAAGGAGCACGCAGAGGCACUCCCCCCUAUUUCUGAUACAAUGGGUGGUGUCCGUCUGUUUGUCGACAUAUCUGUCCCGAGAAAUGUCAGUGCUUGUGUGUCUGAAGUUGGUUCCGCACGAGUAUACAAUGUUGACGACUUGAAAGAGGUGGUGGAAGCCAACAAGGAGGACCGUCUCAGGAAAGCAAUGGAAGCGCAGACAAUCAUCACCCAAGAACUGAAACGGUUUGAGGCAUGGAGGGACUCACUGGAGACCGUGCCGACCAUCAAGAAGUUGAGGUCAUAUGCUGACAGGAUCCGGGCCUCAGAGCUCGAGAAGUGCCUUCAGAAGAUCGGUGAAGACAAUCUUAACAAGAAGAUGCGGAGAGCCAUCGAGGAGCUGAGCACUGGCAUCGUGAACAAGCUCCUCCAUGGCCCGCUGCAGCACUUGAGGUGCGAUGGCAGCGAUAGCCGCACCCUCGAUGAGACGCUUGAGAACAUGCAUGCCCUUAACCGGAUGUUCAGCCUCGACACCGAGAAGGCGAUCAUUGAGCAGAAGAUCAAGGCCAAGGUGGAGAAGACCCAAAACUGAGGCCAGGAAGCAAUUUUUCUACACCGUGUAUACAUACUCUGAUUCCCAUUUUCUUUUUAAUCCUUCGCUUAGCUCCUUCCCUAUCGCUGAGAUCGCCAACUGUGUCGUGAAUUAGCGCCAUGGCAGCAGCUCAAUCUGUUGAGAGGCAGUGGCAAAUUGUCCACUCCAGCUGCAUAUCUUUGUACAUUAUUGCUCGAGCUGCUGUGGCAAGAGCCCCAUUCUUCUUAAGUUAUAUACGCUAUUUGGACGAAUAAACAGGAAUCGAUCAAGUGUCAGUUGACGCCCUUUUGCAUUGUA